CGCCAAUUUAACCUCCUCCUUCUUCUUCAAGCUUUCGAGCUCGAAAUGUCGAGGAUUUGAGGAAGAAUCAACAACAAAACAAAAGGGGGAUUUUAAGUUUUUAUUUUUUUUUAUUUUUUUUCUCGAUCUUGCGGCGGAGAUGAGUGCGUCAAGGUUCAUAAAGUGUGUGACCGUCGGAGAUGGUGCCGUCGGAAAAACUUGCAUGCUGAUUUCUUAUACAAGCAAUACUUUCCCUACAGAUUAUGUGCCAACUGUUUUUGACAACUUCAGUGCUAAUGUCGUUGUUGAUGGGAACACUGUCAAUCUUGGAUUGUGGGAUACAGCCGGUCAAGAAGACUACAACAGGUUACGACCUCUGAGUUACCGUGGUGCUGAUGUUUUCAUUCUUGCUUUCUCUCUCAUCAGCAAGGCUAGCUAUGAGAAUAUUGCCAAGAAGUGGAUUCCUGAGCUCAGGCAUUAUGCUCCUGGUGUUCCCAUUAUCCUCGUGGGAACAAAACUUGAUCUUCGAGAUGACAAGCAAUUCUUCAUUGAUCAUCCUGGUGCAGUGCCAAUUACAACAAACCAGGGAGAGGACCUGAAGAAACUGAUUGGAUCUGCGGUCUACAUUGAAUGUAGUUCAAAGACACAGCAGAACGUGAAGGCAGUGUUUGAUGCAGCCAUAAAAGUGGUGCUUCAGCCACCAAAGCAGAAGAAGAAGAAAAAGAAUAAGAACCGUUGCGCGUUCUUGUGAUAUGAAAAAUCUCUAAGCUAGGUAAACCAACUAAAGAAGAAGAAGAAGAAGAUGAUUUCAACUAUUUGAUUCGUCCCCAUUUUAAUAUGAUAAUUCGACGGGAAGGGAGACAUCUCGAGUAGCUUUUUGUAUAGUUGCUAAAUUGAGCUUUGUUGUUGUGUCUUUUACUCUUUGCUGGUGAAUCGUUUGAGUUCACAGAGUAAGAGACCGUGUGUUCUACUCUUGCUAUGUAGACUAAUCUCUGUCUCUCUCUUCUCUUUUGUUCUUGAUGGGGAUCAUUUUGUAUUAACAAAUGAAUCUAAUUAAU